AUGUUUAGUGUCAUUAGAAGGAAACUCCGGCACCUUUAUUCAAGGAUAUUGUGGCUACUAUGGAAGCGCCCCAGGUCUAAAGUUGUUAUCAAAAGGUUUAGAAAAUUGAACUUUAAGGGUCAACUUAGAGCAGAAUUGAGUAAAAAUAAAUCUAGAAGUGACUCAAAUGGCCUCUUGGUUGAGUCUGAAUCUGGAAGGCCUAUUAGGAUUGCUACAUUCAAUGUUGCCAUGUUUUCACUUGCACCUGCUGUUUCAGAAUUUGAUGAAUGGAUUGUCUCCAAUCAUGAGCAUGGAUCUAACAAGAAGAAUCUCACAAAAGGUGAUUUUCCCAAGAGUAUACUAAAGCAAUCUCCAUUGCAUGCCUCUAUGAACAAAGCUCAGAAUCUUUCUGACUCCAAGAUCCUGCCACGUUCAAAUUUGAAGGUUUCUAUUAAUCUUCCUGACAAUGAGAUUUCAUUGGCAAACAGUAGGUUGCUUGCUUCAAUGGAGAGCAAAGAGGGCACAUCAGAGACGAUUAUGGGAAAUGUUUCUGGCAGGCAUCAAGUCCCUGCAAGGUCUCCUGUGUGCUUUCCUUUCAUUAUGAACUACAGUGAAGGCAGUGAGAGAUUCACAAGCAGCAGAAGCAUCCUCGAAGUUCUGAGGGAGAUUGAUGCUGAUGUGCUGGCCCUGCAGGAUGUGAAGGCAGAGGAAGAGAAGAACAUGAAGCCUCUUUCUGAUUUGGCAGCUGCCUUGGGGAUGAAAUAUGUGUUUGCCGAGAGUUGGGCUCCAGAAUAUGGAAAUGCCAUCUUAUCCAAAUGGCCAUUUAAGAAGUGGAAAGUUCAAAAGAUAGCUGAUGAUAAUGAUUUCAGGAAUGUUUUGAAGGCUACCAUUGAUGUACCCUGGGCAGGAGAAAUAAAUUUCCACUCUACUCAACUUGACCACUUAGAUGAGAAUUGGAGGAUGAAACAAGUGCAGACAAUAAUUCGAUCCAAUGACCCUCCUCAUAUCUUGGCAGGAGGUCUCAAUUCUCUAUAUGGAGCAGAUUACUCAUCUGAGAGAUGGACAGAUAUUUUUAAUUAUUAUGAGAAGCUCGGAAAGCCAAGGCCAAGGUCAGAAGUCAUGAACUUCAUGAAAUCAAAAGGCUAUGUUGAUGCAAAGGAUUACGCAGGAGAAUGUGAGCCCAUCGUCAUCAUUGCCAAAGGCCAAAAUGUGCAGGGGACAUGCAAGUAUGGCACAAGAGUAGAUUACAUUUUGACUUCCCCAAACUCACCGUACAAAUAUGUACCAGGAUCCUACUCUGUCAUCUCUUCAAAAGGAACUUCUGAUCACCAUAUAGUGAAAGUGGACAUUAUGAAAGUAAAUGCAUAUGGUCAGAAAAAUGUCAUUAGACAGUGCAGGAAACUAAAGAGGAAGGUUGUGAAAAUAACACCACCAUGUUCUGCAACAGGUGUAAGGGAAUCAACCCCACCUACCAAAAUACUUGUACCGUAG